UUUAUCAUGCUGUUUAGGCAUAUAGAGCUCCGAGUUGCGUGAUUUUGCAUUGCUUGUGUGACUUGAAAUGAAGAGAAAGAAAACGCCCAUCUUUCUACACUCUUCUUUCUUUUUAUUUUUACAUGAUAAUGAUUACUGACCUAAGACCUAUUGACUUAAGUCUGGCACAAAGUAAGCCUGAUUUGAUUGCUGUCAGCCCUACUGUCUCUAUUCAAACAGCCCUUGGAAAGAUGUACAAUAACAAAAUCACCUCUCUUCCUGUAUUCUCACACAACAAUACAGAAGUCGUUAGUAUUGUCAACCUGUUUGACAUUCUUCUCUACCUUGUUCAAGACGCCAAAUCUAUUGAAAAAGAAAAGCUCAAAGUAAACGACCCUGUCGAACUUGUCCUUGGUCUUGACUCGGACAGAGAAAGCUACCGAAUUCAUAAAGUAGACAACAAGGACAAAUUGAUCGAGACUUUACGUGCCUUUGCUUCCGGUAAACAUCGUGCACUUGUGAUUGACUAUGGCAAGAAGGAUGAAAAGCCUUGGAUUUUAUCUCAGACAGACAUCAUUCGACAUAUUCUUAACCAUCCAGAUUCCGUUUCCGGGUUACUUGAUUUGGAUGCUUGUGUUCAGGACUUGAUUUCCAAACAAUCACUGGUCACUGUGAAUGAAACAGAAACUGCUUUAGCCACCUAUCGUCUAAUGGCAGCAAAGAAUUUAAGUGCGAUUCCUGUUAUUAACAGUCAAGGUGAAUUUGAAGGAGAUCUUUGUGUAGAAGAUUUGCCCAGUGCCAAUUUGGAGCAUAUUGAUCAACUGGGAUUUAGUUGCAAAGAAUACAUCAAGAUUACAUCAAAUCAUCUUGUACCUGCCACUGCUACUGCAGAUGCUUCAUUUAAGACGAUUAUGAAUACGAUGAUACAACACGACACACACCGUGUUUGGAUAUUGAACUCUAAAAAAGUCGUUGGUGUAGUGACUAUGUCUGAUAUUAUGGGUCUUUUGUGUGUACAUCAUAAACCAAGUUUGUUUUGAGUAUGUUUAUUGAUAUUUAUGCAUCACAGCAAUUGCCACUG